AUGUACGCCUCAUCGACCUUCACCUCCCUCCCCUUCGUACUCAGCCUCCUCACCACCCUCCUCACCCCCGCCACUUCUCUUGGCGUCAACUGCCGCGGAUCCGCCCUCUGCGACCGCGCAACCCUCUCGAGCCAAUCCGGCAAGAUCGUACAAAUCUUCCGCGAUGCCGUCUACGCCGCGCAGAUCCCCGACGACACGCACUACAACGACGGCGACCACAUUCUCUGCAUCAGCCAGACGGAAAGUCUGACCAUCUCCGCCGGCGUAGAGGGGGGCGCGAAAGGGGUGACUGGGAGCUUUUCGCUGAGCGGAAGCUUGGCGGUUGGGGCGGGCGGAAUUUGUCUGUUUCCUCAAGGCACCCAGAGCGGUCUUGCGCUUUCCGAGAUCCGCACUUUGGCUGAUAAGGUGUUGGAGCAUGGAUGCUCCACGUGUGGGAGUGUGCCUAGGGAUUGGGAACAGAAUGACCCGAAAGACGGCAUUCUGACGUUCAAUUAUGUGGAGAAUCCGUUCUGUGAUGGUAACUGCAUCUCGGAUACUGGGAACUCGAAGGGGAACCCGACGUCGACUGGCCAGCAGAAGUUGAGGAGGUCGGCUAAGUUUGGGUUGAUUGAUUGA